UUAAUCCCGAACCAAAAUAUUGACCUACAUAAAUUAGUCUGUACCACUAGAGGCGAUUUCGUUGCCCUUUUUUUUUUUUUUUUUUUUUUAAAUAAACAUUUGUUUACAACAACAGGUAUUAUCGUUCUAUAUCGGUCCAAACAUCACUUUAAGUGGGAAAUUUAUUUAUGUCUGCGUUAUAAGUUAUUAGUUUUAUGCACAGGUUUUGUCCAUUUCCAGUUCAAGAAGGCCUAUGAUGUGUAUAAAGCUACUCGGAGGUUCUUUGUAUGUAAAUAGGGUGUAAAAAGGCCCUCCCCAUCUUUGUAAUUAAUUGACACGUUAUACCACUCAUCAUGUUCUGAAGCACCAAUGGUAUAGGCUAGGAUCUCCCCAAAACCCACAAUUUCACAUCGGCAAACACUGUCUUCAUCCACUUGACUCCCAAGACCCGCCCACACGUGGCCAACCUUUUUCGUUUUUAAUGCUUUUUCACUGCAGGUUCAUGUGUUGAGACCAACCUUAUAUGGACUGAUCAGUCUGGUAAUGGCUUAUUUCCCCCUAACACCCAGCAGUAGCGCAAUAUCCAUGAGCUAGAUAUACCACUUCAGUCACUUUGGCAUUCUUCCUGGACUUACAGAACUGAUUUCUCCGCUACUUUUUUUUCCAAGCAACGGUUAACGACCGAGCCUCAUGCGUCGACUUCAGUUUACUUCGCGCUGAAACGGCACUGAUCCUACAUUCAAUAAAUCGUCUUGUGUUUUUGUGUUUUUAAGCAGAGGAUUGCCAAACUGGUGCAGCAACUUAACUGCAUCAAAUGCCCCAGAACAUGUCGUUGACCAACACAAAGACGGGCUUUUCAGUAAAGGACAUUUUGGACCUCCCUGAUACUAACGAUGAAGAAGGAUCUAUCACCGGGACUGAGGAAGAUACGGAGGGUUCUGAGGCGACUAAAACGCCUGGAGUGCUAGUGCAAAGUCCUUUAGAGAAUGUUCAAAACCUGCCUUUAAAGAAUCCAUUUUAUGAUAAUAGCGACAAUCCUUAUACCAGAUGGCUCGCAACUACGGACAGCAUCCAAUACUCAUUACACGGCCUAUCCGCAAACUCUCAAGACUCGUCUGCAAAAUCUCCGGAACCUUCAGCCGACGAAUCGCCGGACAACGACAAGGAAACUUCGAGCAACGGCAGCGACUCUGGUAAGAAGCGCAAAAGGAGGGUGCUCUUUUCCAAGGCACAAACUUACGAACUCGAGCGCCGGUUUAGGCAACAGAGAUAUCUGUCGGCCCCAGAGAGGGAGCAUCUCGCCAGUCUGAUCCGCCUGACUCCAACCCAAGUGAAAAUCUGGUUCCAGAACCAUCGGUACAAAAUGAAGAGAGCCCGGGCGGAGAAAGGUAUGGAAGUGACCCAUCUCCCUUCUCCUAGGCGGGUGGCCGUGCCUGUGUUAGUCAGAGAUGGCAAACCCUGCCAUACGCUAAAAGCUCAGGACUUGGCAGCUACUUUUCAGGCUGGAAUUCCGUUCUCUGCGUAUAGCGCCCAGUCUCUCCAGCACAUGCAAUAUAACGCGCAUUACAGCGCCGCCACCACACCACAGUUCCCAACAGCACAUCACUUGGUGCAAACGCAACAGUGGACUUGGUGAACAAAUACUGACUUGCAAAUGCAGGGCUGCAUUUUAAAGACCGUGGUAAGGAGCUUUCCAAACAAAAAUACAAGACUUUUUAUUUUUGCAGCUUGACCCUUUCUCACCAAUUUAUUUUGGGGAUUGACGUGUGCGCCAUGUUUACAUGUUUUCGUUAAGAAAACCGGGUCAAGCCUCUCCCCGAAAUUAAGAAUGUUAAAGCUCUUGUGAAAUUUUGUAAAGUAUGUUUGUGUGUUGUAGAAAUGUUUUCCUUUUGUCCUUCGUGUUAUAAGCACGUGCAAAACCACUUUAUGAUUAUAGAAAAUUUUAUUUCUUUCUUUUACAAUGGACCGAAUAUAUUUAUGGCCAUGAAUAAACAUUGGCAAUCUUUAGCUUAUUUCAUUGGUUUGUUUUCUAUGUAAAUAUUUUGUGAUAAUUGUUUGCAAUAUUAUGUUUGACCGUUCAGUAAGCCUAUAGCCUAAAUAUAUCCGAUAUUUAGGGAAAAUGGAACAUCAGUUGUCGAUAAAUAUCCCUCAUGUUCAUUUCAGAAACACCGCGCGCUGGCGAGGGAGGUCUACAAUUCUUUUUAUUAAGACUUUUAAUAAAAUGAUGUGUUUCAGAAAUUCCGAUUUGCUUUGCGUUUGGUCUCAAUGAUUUCGGACUCAUUUGCAAAAUAUGAAUCGUUUCUUCGCAAUUUUCCAUUAACAUAAAUACUUUAUUAUACGCUAAUAGAACGAAUAAAUACAAAUAAUAUAAUUAUGCUAAGUUGUAAAGCCUUUUAUAUUUGCACAAAUGUUGCUUUGGACAGCUUGUCGCUCUCCUUGUCACUUCAUCAGCAACACAAUUGGCUUCAGUUUUCCGAAUUUAUCUGUACGAACACUUCAGCAAUAAGAAGGCUAAAGUCACUUGUGAAAUAGGGGUAAAAAUCCACUCACUUAAUAUAAGAGGGCUUCUUCAGCUAAGCAGCUUUUCAUUCAAACGCUCUCUUCCUUUUCAGGCUCCGCGGCUGACAUUUCGGGUGUUAAAGCGGCACAUUUAAGAGAGAAAACACACGUGACAAAGUUUUGUUACGGUAAUAUUAUGUGAUUUUAAUAUUAACAAUUAAAAUCUAGCCUAUAAUAUUUGCUGUCAAUUAAUCAGGGCUGAUAUUACGCGUUGAAUGAAAAAGUUGUUUGCUUGAAUUGAUAAACACCGCGGCCGUGUAGGUCAGAACAUUUUUUUUUUUUGUUGUUGUUGUUUUUUUGUCCGCUAAGAAAAUUGUCAAAAUUAGUCUUGGGAUUUUGUGUAUGUUUUCAAAUAGGCAAGUCGACAAAGGCUCUCUUUUUUUGGUUCCUUUCCUAAUAAGGAUUAUCUUAUAUAUCAUUGUCUUGGAUAAAUACCAUGGUUCAGUGCAAAAUCCGAGAAGAUUUGUUUUUCAAAUAGCCUACAUUUUAGAAACUGGCUUUCAUUAAACAAACGGCUGAACGGACAUGCUGUGCUAAUUAUUUACAGAAUUUGUCUUAAGCGACUCGAUCUUUUUCCCGUGUUCUUUCACAGUAGGUUUAGAACUUCUGGAUAUUUUUAUUGGUUUAUUUUGUUAAUUCGAUAUAAUUACUUGUCUAAUAUUUUGACAGUUAUUGCAUUACCGCUAUUGUUCAGUAAGGAGAAGGCGGUGUGAAAAUGGCAGAAUUGUACUUGCACCUGUUGUCGACUAUAAGAACUCAUUUGUGGUGUUGCACCAAACGUUUCUUCACUAUGCUAUUUCAAAGGAACACAUAACACGUCUGUCAGAAAACGUUUCCAAAGCUAUUUACCAAUAUUUUUAAAUAACUUUCAGUCUGAGAUUGUGUUGCUAAACUGCGCUCAGAUGGGGGAAAAAAAAGGAGA